ACUGGGAAAGGGAUUUGAGAGGCGUCGGGGUCGCGCUCACCGUGUUUGGCUGGCAGGUGCCUGCUUUCACCAGGUUCAGCAUCAUGGGGGAUCCUGGACCCCGAGACGAGAUGGACCCUCAUCGAGCGACCACAGCACAGGGACCGUGCAGGCGGUUCGUACCGGGGCAGAGGAGAGCUGUCAUGUGUCAGUAAGUGAGCCGCAGAGAAGGCGGUGUUUUCUGGGAGUCAAUCAGAGCUGGAGUCACUGCUUGGUAGGUUAACGAAGAGAGACGGACGUGGGGAAACUGGGAAGCCGGCCUAACUUAAAUAAAUACCGCAUUGAACUGAGCGGAAACAAUGAAUAAAUUGGUGAUUACGAGCCGGUCCGGUCAGCCUGGGCGAAUCGGAACAGGCUGGGCUCGUCCAGUGUGAAGUCGGCUCCCAUCUGUUGACUUCUCCGCCGGGCGGCGAUGUCCGCUUUCUGCCUGGAUUUGCAGAGAUCUGCCGUGGUUUCAGCACCACUAGAGCUGGACAGCGACUGCAUGGAGCCGCCGGCCAGCCCCGGCGCUCAGGAGCCCGGCGGCUUUCAGGGCCACCCGCCGCCGCGGCGCGCCGGCUCCGGAGGCCUCGGCACGGCCUUGGAGGAGGAACUGGCCAUGAUCACCGGGGAGCGGGGAGUCGACGAGGAGCUGGCGGAGCUGGAGGCGCCAGCGGUGGGGCACAGCGCAGACAUGCUGUUGCUCUUCCGACAAAAAGAGAAGGACUUGGUUUUAGCAGCUAAACUGGGCAAAGCGCUGCUGGAGAGAAACCAAGACCUGACCAAGCAAUACGAGAAGAUGCACAAAGAUCUGUGUGAGAAGUUGGAGCACCUGGAGCAGGAGAAGCACGAGUUGCGGCGGCGCUUUGAAAGUCGAGAGGGUGAGUGGGAGGGCCGCGUGGCCGAGCUGGAGACGGACGUCCAGCACCUGCAGGGCGAGCUGGAGCGCCACCAGGUCCAGCUCAGGGAGGCGGACAGGGACAAGACCAAGGCCAUCAGCGAACUAUCUGAACAGAACCAUAGGCUGCUGGAGCAACUCAGUAGGGCUGCAGACGUGGAGAGGCAGCUGUCCACUCAGGUCCAUUCAUUACGGGACGACUUCAGGGAGAAGAGUGUGUCUACAAGGCAGCACAUGACACGCCUGGAGACGCUGCAGGCCGAGCAAGGGCUAGAAAUUAAGAUGCUGUCGGAGAGGAAGAUGGAGCUGGAGCGCCGGGUGACCGCCAUGAUCGAGGAGAACGAGCUGCUGCAGAACACCGUGGACGACCUCCGGGAGCGGAUGCUGGUGCUCGAGAAGCAGCGCCACGAAAAGGACCUUCAGUUGCGACAAAGCCAGCUGGAGCUUCAGGAGGCCCAGGUGUCCCACAGACAACUGACGGCUAAGUUGGCCGAGCUGACGGAGGAGCACAGUCUGCAAACCUUCAGCCCCCACCCGUCCAACCUGCUGUGUGAGAUAGAGCAGAGCAUGGAGCAGGAGGAGCAGGAGCAGGAGAGGGAACAGCUGCGUCUACAACUUUGGGAGGCCUACUGCGAAGUUCGCUCGCUCUGUUCCCAUCUCCGAGGAAACGAUGUCACGGACUCGGCACUCUCCACGGACUCGUCCAUGGACGAGUCCUCGGAGACGUCCUCGGUGAAGGAUGUGCCUACAGGGAGCCUUCACACCAGCCUGUUAGAGCUACGGAGGCUAACACAGAAUCUGCUGGAUGGGAAUGAGUCUACGGGUUCACGGCGCAGUGAUGAGGAGGCACUAGAGGAGCAGGUGAGGAAGAUGGGAGAAGAACUGCAGGAGGUCAGAGAGCUUUAUGAAGCAGAGCAGCACAAAACACGCGGCAACGAAGAGGAGCUGCUGCAGAUGCACAAUCAGAUGGCGCUGCUCUCCAUUGAGAUCUGCUCUCUGAGGGAAGAGAACGAGCGAAUGAGGGCGAUGGCAGACGUCCGAGAACCCAGUGAGCAGCUCCAGAGCGCCAUCAGAGACCGAGACGACGCCAUCGCCAAGAAGAAAGCUGUGGAAAUGGAGCUGGCUAAAUGUAAAAUAGACAUCAUGUCUCUGAACAGCCAGCUUCUGGACUCCAUCCAGCAGAAACUCAACCUGUCACAGCAGCUGGAGGCUUGGCAGGACGACAUGCACAGAGUGAUUGACCAGCAGCUGAUGGACAAGCACCAGGACGAGUGGCGCUCGGUCCACGCCGCGCUGUCCGGAUCGUCGAGGAGUCAGUCCCCGAGGCGAGCUCGCCGCGUCUCUGAGCGGGACAAGAGACUUUUCUCUUUUUUCAAAAAGAACUGAGCCCUGUCGGAACUGGCCCUUAAAGCACAGAAGAGACACGCAGAGACAGACGGAGGUGAGGGAGUGUAUGGGUAAACAGCUCAGCCAAAGACAGGCAGUGGUAGGCAGGCGCUGAUGUUGGGGGGGAGGUUCAGAUAAUUUUGCACUUUAUCUGUCCCAUUGCUCUGCUCCUUACUGAAAGGGAAUGAAGGUAAAAAUAAAAAUCAACACUUCCCCAGAGGCUUUGGCUCAGCAAUCCACCCUAAAGAGCGCUUCGCUUUCUGGUCUUACAGAACAGGACAGGGUCACAAAGUUUACCUCCAUAGAGGAAGGUUUCCUUGUAGUGCCUACAAAACCCACUGCCAACUCUGUAGAGGUGGAGAACAAUGUUAAAGCGCUACAGCAUGAACAGUAUGCAUCUCAGUUAUCAGGCCGAGGAGGCUGGGGAAAGGCAGAAGUUUGAAGUAUUAAGUUAGAGCUCAGAGUAUAAAGAGAAGUUCUGGCAGUGACAGAGUGCAGUGACACAACGAUGGGGAGUCUCUCAGGUUUAUUCAUGUGUCAGGGGAAAAACGGAGCGUGGUGUGUUCAACACAACUGGAAAAGGUCAAUUCCCAAAUGGAAGAAUAUAAAUAGAGAGGAUGACUUACGGGCACUGCGAUGGACUGGUGACCUGUCCAUGGUGACCCCGUCUCUGACCCAUUGACCAGUAGAGAUAGGCACCAGAACCCCUCCCGACCCCACUAGGGUCAAGGGUGUAUGAUGAUGGAUGGAUUGAUGGACAGACUUAUGGGCAUUUUAAAAAUGCAGUUCUAAAAGUGUAAAUUAAAAAAAGAAAAAAAGUUUUUCUUCAAGAAACCUCUGACCAUCUUAGCUAUUGCAGCUAGUUGCUUUGAUUGCAGUAGAUCUCAGACUGAGUUUCUAAGUGCAAAGCAAGUUUUUUUUGUUUUUUUUUUUUUAAACAAAGCAGCUAGCCUGAUAAAAUCAAGCCCCUUCUGCUACAUUAUUUGCUAAGUACAGAGGGUCUAUUGAGAACCGCUUCCUGGGCUGUGUUGAGGUUUUAUAUUUUGCAAUUAGACUGGGAUUUUUCCCUGACUUUUGGCACCAGUUUUGUGGGAAAUUUCACAAAUUGUAAUUUGUGUUUUAACAAUUUUAUUGUAAACACCAGGAAAACUAAAUUAAAAAAAAAUAACUUUUCAGUUUGUGGGAUGUUGUCGCGACCUCAAGAGACUCUCCAUCCUCGUCCCUGACAGAUGAAUAAACCUUUAUGGGGGGGUAGUAGAACUCCUUACAUCUAGCUUAGUGGUAUUACUUUCCUACUGCUCACAUCAUGGACAUCAUUUGAAGAAAAAGCACUGCUCAGUGUUGUCUCCGGGAUGUCAGCCAUCUUCCUAGUUGACCAAAUUUCUUGUUUACAUCAGUUUGAGAAGGGAUUAGGAUUUAUUAUAUGAACAAUAACUAUGAAUUCCACCGGUGAAAAGCAGUGCACCACAGCUGUCAGCAUUCAAUGUGACCGUUUGCAGUCACUCCUAGUGGAGAUGGUCUACCUCCAUUCCUCUCGCUUCAAUACUUCACAGGCACUUUGAUUUCUUAGCUUGCGGGCUUCCAUACUUGGGGGACAUUUCUGACUCCAUUGGUGAAACGCAACGAAGCGAGCUCAGAUGUUUGAGCGUGGAUGAUUUUCCGUGUGGCACAUUAAUGUCUCAUGUCUGUGCGUGUUUAAUGGAGCUGUGCAAACCUAUGCAGGUGUCUUCACGUCAUCUCAGCUGGUUGUUGGGAAGGAUCAACCCAAAGAGUGAUUUUUUUAAAAUGAAAAUGACAAAUAGGUUUGGAUGAUAUAUUUAUAAGAAAAAGCAUACUUUUUUGACAGAAAAUCUUUUUGUAGAGAGACAUAUCUGUACAAUGUUUUUGUCGACUGUUUUUAUGUGUCUUGUGAACUGAAACUCCUUCGAUGGACCGGGCAUCUUUUGGCUCCUUUUUCUUUCCUCUUUUGUCGUUUGGUGUCACACAAUGAGAGAAAUCCCAUAAAUUCAAAUUAUUUAUUCAAAUUCUCUAUCUAUAUGAUGCAAUUUACCGGACCUAAACACGAAAUUCUAAAAUGUCUGCACAUUUAAAUGGUCUAUACGGAAACUAACAGAGUUAUAUAUUCUUCUAUUUUUUUUUACGGAAGUGUUUAACUGGCCAAGCUAGUAAAUAAAUCCAGGAGCAGUAUCCCACUAAAAGAAGAAACCUUCUUGCUAAUGAUGAGAAACUUUCAAGUUUUUAUGAGUUUCACAUUUCAUUAUAACGAGAUACCGUUCUUGUAUUUAUUUAUUUCCUUGUUCUGGCAGUUAAAUGCUUCUGCAUGUAAACAGCUGUUUAGCUAGAUUUAGCUUAGCUUAAUUUGCCUUAUGUUAGCAAAUACUGGAAUUUAGAAAGGGGUGUACGCAGCUAGCUAAAGUUUAUAUUUUAGCAUCACUGUGAAUGUUACCACCCACAUUUAAAUCUAUUGAGCUAUAGAGCUUUGAUGCUUCAGGGAUAGAGCCUAACUAGCUGUGUCCCUGGUUUUAGAGAUAAGAUAGCCUAGCUUAUUUAAAGCUAGCUGGCACGAGUAAACAGCCCUAAAAGUCAAGUAUACUAAUUAAUGUAUGGGGCUUGUGAUUUUCAGGUAAUCUGUUAUUGGUAAUGACCUAAAAUUAAAAAGAAUUGGGACUGAGGUUCUGUUAAAAAUGUAUAAGCAGCUAAUAUCUUGACUGCAGUACAUAAUUAUCUCAGGGUCUUCAUCUGGCAUAAAUUGAGACCAGCUAAUCGUAGAGCCUGAAGCUAACGGCUAGUCUGAGAAGAGCCAACGGCAGCUUGUACCUCUGCACGUCUCUCCAUUCAACUAUAAGAAAUUUAAAGUGACUCUGUCAUUUUUUUUUUUAAUAAACUGUCACCAUUGCAUUGGAUGGUUUAAGUCUUUAUAGGGAAAUGGAGGUUGGAGGCUGUGCAGCACCAACUGUCUUCCUCUGUGAAAUAUACUGAGAAUGGAACAUGUGAAGCAUUUAUACAAACCUACCUAAUAGAAAAUGAAGGCAUAAAAGUUACAGUGGUGUACACUAAAACCUCUGUGUCAGACAGUUAUACUGACCGGAAACAUUUCCAUGUUUCAUCUCUUGAGUAGUCAGGAAGAUUUUUAGCGCCGCUCCACAUCCUACCUCCACAAUCGAUGUAUAUAAUCAACAGAUUUUUUUUGUAAAUAAGUAUCCAAGCCAAACAUGACAAUGAUUAACAGGCUCAAAUGAUAAAAUUUGCAUAAACCUAGAUGUUUUUGAAGUAAAAUUAAUUUUAAGAUGUCAGAAUUUCACUUUAAUCUUGACUCUUAGCUGCCUCCAGGAUCAAAUAAUCUGGAUGUGUUAGUAAAUGAAAGACUUAUGUACUAUACGUAAGAAUUAAGGUAAGAUAUUAACAACUUAAAAACAUAUAACAUAACUUCAACGAUGGACAGUCCCUGCAAGAGCCAUUUCAAGAGACAACAGUUUUGAAAAUGAACCAGUAGAUUAUUUCCAGGUCUUAGUCAGACUAGUGAAUAAUCAGUUUUAGUGUAAGCAUUUACUUACAAAAGAUAGACUUGAGAAGUUAUUUUUUAUCAAUAUUGUCCUGAUAGAACAAUUUACUCCAUACAUUAUAUAGCGAAACGAGACGCUAUUUCUCUUUAAGGUAAAGCAAAACGGCACAAUCAGCCCAAUUUAAAAUGAAAAAAAUUGUAACCUCAAACAUUAAUUUCUAACAUAAUAAUACUGGCCAGCAGAGAUGAUCACAAUCAUACCGUCAGUGUUUUUAUGUAACCAAUAAUCACAUUAGCCAACAUAUUGGAGUCAGCACUGGGACAAGAACUAAACUUCAGUUUCUUUGUUUUGAUUUUUUUUUAUGACACAACUUCAAGGAAAAAAGAAGAAGAAAAAAAAACGUUACGUUUGAUUCUGUUGAAUUUAUUUUGAUGUAAAUGCUGUCUUGUUUUUUUUUUCUGGUUGAUUUUGUCUCCGACACUGCAGACUGAAUGAAUUCUGAAAACAUGUCCAGUGUCUGUGUGUGUGUCUGGCUGGGCGUCCUGAUGCCGGCCGCCACAGAUUGAAGUGUGUGUCGCAGUGGGAAACACAGAGAUCCCAUUGAGUGCGUUUGUGUUACUCGUCUCCGACGUCGUUUUCGAAUCCAGUGCUUUCGGUGGGCUCAUUGUACUCCGUGCGAGUGCUUCCAUUCACCACUGACUGACGGCACUGUUUUAGUUACAAAAUACUUCAAGCUAUUCAAAAUAUUUAUCAUGCAAUUUUCUUAGCAUCCUUCUUUUUGUACGAAUAAACUCUUUACAAAUCCUCGCGUCUCAGUCUCACUGAGUUGGAAGCGCUUGUGUUUGUGGUUCCCACAGUUGGACAAAUGGAGCUGCUGAUCCGUUUAAUCCUUCUGCUCAAUUACAGAAACAGUGCAUCAGACAUACCCGCCGCAGUUUGACUAUAUACUGUGCAAAUUGUUGCUGAUUAAAAAUGAGCAAAAAAGAAAAAAAAACAAAAACAUGUUUGUCUCUGAAAGGACAAAAAACUAUUUGUAGUUUUGAGUAAAUAUUGCAUGUAAAGAUUCAGACUCAGUGGACAUUUUCAUCCAAUGUCUGUUAACCACCAUCAUUUCCUAAACUUGACUAAAUGUCAAAUUACAAACACAAACUUUACUGUAUCUUAUUAGGAUUUUAUGUGACAGUGGGAAAUAAUAUGACUUAAUUAGCGCAAUGCUCAGGAGGAACGCUGCAAAUGAUGGUCGGACAGCGGGGAGGCGGAGGAGUUGGGGUGCUGUCCGGUCAGAGAGUCAGUUCCCGAAGCCACACACACACACACACACACACACACACAAUCAGAAAAGCGCACAUGGAAUCAGUGCAGCACCAUGAAAGAGUUAUGGGGUCCAAAUGACCCCAUCUCUUAAAAUUGCGGGAGGGUUAAAAAUAUUUGCAAAUCUAAAAAAAUAAUAUAGCAAACACAUGUAAAACUCCGUCUAGAUCAGGUUCAUCACCAAGUUAAAAUGUUUCAAGCCUUCAUUUUGUGUAACUUUAAGGAAUAGGACUUACAGAAAAUGAAAUCCUUAAAUCUAGUGCCUCAGAAAAUUUGAAUAUUACAGAAGAUCAAUUAGAAAAUAUUUUUUUUUAAAAAUGAAAUGCAAAUUUUACUUUCAUCUGAAAAGAGGACAUCGGACCACUGAGCGAGAGCGGAGUUUUUUCUCUCCUGGGUUCGACACGUCAGGAGCUCAGGAGUGGCUUCACAGCAAGAAUGUGACUCUUGAUGAACCUCUGGUCACCCCUUGAAUGGAUUUUGCUCGACAAGGCUGCCAUUAUCCCCGGUGCAUCUUUUCCUUUCACCCAGAUGAGACCAAAAUAUCACUUAUUGCAAAAUGCCUUUGGUGUUAGAACAAGAAUAUAUAAAGGAAAAAAAAAAAAGACGUAUUAAAUGGAUCUGGAAGCUAGUAUGAAAGAAAAUUUUGUUGGGAACCAGAUUUACAAAAACAUUCAAAAAACAAAUAAAGUUGCCAAAAGAAAUCCUUUAAAUGAGUGAAGCUGCUAUAUUUCUUGAUUUUUUUUUUUUUUUAGAAUUUUCAAAAUAGCUGUUUUUUUUUUUUUUACAGAACAACAAAAGACAUACUGUGACCUACCUUAAAAAAUGGCCUAAGUUGUUUUGUUUUUUGCCAGGUGACUAAUAUUUUUGUCUAAAUCUUUUGGAGAGAAAAAAAAAAAAGACCUGGUGAAAAAAAACAAAAAAACUUAAGCCAUUAUUUUAGGAAGGCGACAAUAUUAAAGUUAGUCAUGUCAGUAUAUUUAGUGCACUAUUUAUUAAACUGUAAUUAUUUUUGCUUCCUUAUUGCUUUCGCCAGGCUUCAAAAUCAACCUAAACACCAGUUCAAACUUUACACCAUCUUCAGAAAAAAACAACAAAACAAAGAGAUUGCUAAAAUGAACUCGGGACCAAAAUCAAUCAUUAUGUGUCAAAUAUUUAUUUCUUUAAAACGUUUGUUACUGAUUUAAUUCAUGUAGGGAAAACUGAAUAGUACAACUUUAUUUCUCCAGUGUACAGCGAACCACAGCUGACGAGUGUGUUGUUUCAUGACCCCAGCACACUGGGCAUGUGCAGCACAUGCACGAUUUGGUGCGCCAGUCGUGUGUGUAUCUUCUAUAUUGAAUAUAAACACACAUUUGUAUAUAUACACUAUACACCACGUGCGCACUACAUACACACAUGGUAGAGAGAAAUCAAAGUGUGGGCUUUCUGAUGCCUGUUGGCGCAAACCCACCAGAACCCGCAAAGAGUAUUUCCUCCUCCUCCAUCUUCAGUAAUGCUCUCCCAAUUUUAAAAAACAAAAACAACAAUAAAUGUCAGUAAUAGAUGCUGAUGGGAAAACAUGACUCGGGUCCAGGCGCAGGGGAUCCGGUGCUGCCGCUCGUUCCGCCACGUUGUUGCCAUGGACACCGAAAACUGACUGCUAACACUCGAACAGGUUGAGGAAGAGGGAGGGAGGGAGUGAGGAAGGGCUGGUGACGGAGAUCAAAACAUGACAUUAGUCACUAUUAAUGGAGAGAACACAGUCAGUUCUCGCUAGCUUUUACAAAAAAAAAAAAAAAAAAAAAAUUCCGCAAAA